AUGUCGCGCAUUCCACAAGUAGGGCAUGCGCCGGUGAGCGCCGCUCUGCAGGCUCAGGCGCUGGAAGCGAUGUACGAGCGACCCUCUGAGCGUAAUUCAUCGGCUUCGCCGCCACCAGAGGGCGCCUCUAACGGGCCGAGCGCGGGCGCUGGGUCGGGCUAUGGAUCCGCGGGGGCGAUGAAUAAUGGCAUCAGCAGUCGGCGAGCAGGCGCUUCGCAUCGUCGUCGAUCGCACGGGCACGGGCCGAUGCGCACGCCGGUCCGUCCGCAUACUCCCGGCAUGUCCCCGCACGGUGGGCCCACACCACCUGGUCGCAAGAUGCCCGGCGCAAAUCCUACCCCAGGCAUGUUCAACCAACCCACCCGCGCCUUCGUGCUCGAGCGCCUCCACGAGUACGCCCCGGCGGCUCUAUCGAAUCCACGCACCAGCGACGUACGCAUAGUCGUCCCCAGCAGGCCCAAGAGGCAGGACCAGCCCCCAGAUUCGCGGCGCGGCACCCAGCCGCCGACACCAGAGUCGACUUCUGCGUCCGACGCGCAAGGCAGUACGCCCGUCACACCCAGCGGGGUCGCCGCACAGGCCCCCGCAGCAGCGCAGGCGCAGUCCACAAUGCCCGUGCGCUUCUACGCGCUACACCGUGACUACCUUGUGCCGCAGAGCGCCUUGUUCCGCAACAUCUUGACCGGGGGGUUCAAGGACGGCUCGCCCGAGGCCAAAGGCUGCAAGCUACUGCCCUACACGUCGCUGCACGGCCCGCGGCCCGUGUUUGUGCCACUGCCAGACCCCGAGAGCUUCGACGCACUCGUGCACUGGAUGUACUUCGGCGACGUGGCCAAGCUAGAGAGCCAACUCUCGAGCGGCGAGGUCAAAUGGCGCGGCCUCAUCCGCAACAUUCAGUACUUGGGUUGCGACGAGCGCACGCGCGCGGUCGUCGCAAAGUGGUGGCAGCGAUGGGCGCAGGCGGACCGACGCAUCGGCAGGCCAAAGGACGAGAAGAAGGAGAAGGAGGAUGACUCAGAUGACGAGCACGCCGAGGGACUGCCCGUGCCGCGGCGGCGAGGGCCGCGGCCCGUCGUCGACGACGAUGACGACGGCGAGCGUGAGAGCAGCUACGACAAUACCGACGACAAGCUCAGCCCGCCAUGGCCCUCCGCCGAGAACCUUAGCUACUCGGUCGACGCGGACGAGAUGACCCGCCGCCUUGGUGGGCUUUAG